AAAGCUCAUACGCAGUUCUCUUCUCGUGUUGACGAAAUUGAGAGAGUCGUGACGGGCAACAGAAUAUGGAAGCAACGAACUAUCGGCAUUGGUGUGGUUACUGCCAAGGAAGCUCUGAAUUACAGCUUACUGUCAUGGCGUUUUGGAGGACCGCAAUAG